UGAAAGCUGUAACUAAAAUUUAGAAUUGAAUUGAACGAACCAUGGCAGCCACCGCCCCAGCCGCAGAGAAUGUUGAGGUGAUGAGCCAGGUGAAGCAGCAGAUCGCACUGGCCAACGCCCAGGAGAUGCUCUCGAAGAUGACCGAGAAGUGCUUCAAGAAGUGCAUCCACAAGCCGGGCAAGACCCUGGACGCCAGCGAGCAGCGCUGCAUUUCGCAGUGCAUGGACCGCUUCAUGGAUUCCUGGAACCUGGUCUCGCGCACCUACGGCAACCGCCUGCAGCGGGAUCACUACAAGGGCGCCGCGGACAUGGCCGACUAGGCCCCCGCUCGGCUCUCGUUAAUCUGUUACUCAUGCUCGAAUAAAGCACCGCUAUUGUUA